ACCAGGAGCACCAGGAGCACCAGGAGCAGAGCAGACCUCCAGAGGAGACCAUGUCCUCCUACGGCUCCUCCGAGUGCCGGCGGGUCAGCCCGUCGGUCCACGGCAACAAGUUCCACACGGCGCACCGCAAGAAGGCCGUGGCCAACAUCUUCGAGAACGUGAACCAGGACUCCGUGAUGCGGCUCUUCCAGAAGACUGGAGACAUGAAGGCGGAGGAGCGCGUGAGGAGCAUCUUCUCCUACAGCCAGGACCCGGAGGAGACCUCGCGGGCCCUGAUGGCGCUGAAGCAGAGGAAGAAGGACAAGUUCCUGCAGAUAGCGGGGAUGGUCCGCCAGCUGCUCAAGCUCCGCUGACUGUUAUAACCGGUUAUAACCAGUCCUUAUAGAGCCUGUUUCUGUCUGCGGCUCGUUCUGGGCCCAAUGUGAAAACAGUCCCGGUGGGACCGGGGUCCCGCCGAUGAUGCGGCUCACCUCCCGCCUGGAGAGGAGCGCCAGGUGAGGAGGAGGAGGAGGAGGAGGAGGAGGAGCAGCCUUCCUCCGCACGGCACCACGCUGCAGGUCGCCUCAUGGAGGAGGCGCCGGUGGAGAUCUGAUGUGGGAUUAUGAGGACCAUGCGUCCUCUCAGACUUUAAUCAUCAUGCAUUGUUGCAGAUGCCUGCUGACUGUACAGGUGACCCUCACCUGCUGCUGGUCACCGUGAGACUGUCCCGUGCCUGAUGACGCCUGAUGACGUCAUGUCUCUGACUCUUUGUUCUAUGAAGGUCUCGUUAGUGGCCACUAAUGUCUUAUUAUUGUCACCAAAUGUUAUGACGUGAUUUGCAUUUCUGAUAUGUUCCUUUGUCAUUUUUCUAAAAUAAAUUAUUUCAUUGUAUACAAAA